AUUGAACCUGUAUCCAACACUAGAUUUUUUUUUAACAUAAAGACAGAAAUACCCACUACUAUAAUAUAGCUAGCUUAAACUUCCACAAUUCCAUUAGUCAUUCCAAUUUUCCCACAAAAAAAAAAAAAAAGUAUGGCAGAUGAGGAUAUUUCUGAAUGGCAACAAAUCACAUCUCCAUCUUCAACUACUAGCAAUAAUAAUAAUACUCAAAUUGCUGCCGUAGAAAUUACUACUUUGCCAUUGAUUGAGGAUAUUACUACUGAUAAUAAUAGUAAUAAUGAUGAUGAGAAGGGUACUUAUGGAAAUAACCGGUUGAAAAAGAGUUUAAGAGAAUUGAGUUGUUGGGUUGUUGAAAUUGCUUCCAAGAUGAGAAAUUAUGUUGUUUCUAAAGUUGGAAUUGGAAAAUUCACUUGUAAUAGAAGUAGAAUAUUGGCAUUUCUUUUGGGCUCCUUGUUUUAUUAUAUGAUACAGAAAAAAUGGAGGCGGCAAAGACAAAUUGAUACUACUUCUAACAAACUUAUGCUCCUUCUCCAACAAAAAGACCAGAAAUGACUCCUCCAGCCACCAUGAAAAAUUAUCCUGAUGUGGAUCUCCUACUAUCAAGACACCCAGCAAAAUCAGAAUUGGAAUAUCCUGCGAUCUCUAAGUGAUUCGACCUCUGAUAAGCGAGCAUGUAAUCUUUAGUUCUUUGAAGAUACCUUAUAACUCGUUUUGCUGCUUUUCAAUAAUCCAUUCCCGCGUUACUUAAAUAUCGGCCUAACAUUCCCACUAUGUACGCUAUAUCUGGACGUACAAACUUGUGCAUACAUGAGACUUUCCACUACUGAUGCAUAUGAAAUUUUGUUCAUCUUUUUCUUCUCUAUGUUUAAAUUUGCACAAUGGCACAAACUAAAUUUAUCAUCUUUUGCCACAUGUAUAUCUCUCAGUACACAAUUUUACAUGCAAAACCUACUUAGCACCUUUUUGAUAUAAGUUUUUUGCGAUAAUUCAAGUGUGUUUUUGAUACGAUUUCUAUGAAUUUCUAUACCCAGUACAAAAGACGUCUCACCAAGAUCUUUCAUUUCAAAUUUGGUGGAUAGAAAUUUCUUGGUUUCAUGCAAUAAACCUACAUCACUGCUUGCUAGUAGAAUGCCAUCUACAUAUAGCACAAAAAUAAUAAAUAUGCUCCUACUGAACGUGCUUUCUCAUAUAUGUCUUAUCUAACCUCUUUUAUGUUUUUAUGCUUUUAUUGAGCCGAGGGUCUUUCGAAAACAGGCAUCCUACCUUGGUAGGAGUCAGGUCUGCAUACACUUUACCCUCCCCAGACCCCACGUUGUGGGAUUUCACUGGGUUGUUGUUGUUGUCGUUGUUGUUGCUCCUACUGAACUUGAAAUAGAUGCAUUGAUUAAUAGUGGUUUUCUUAAAACCAAAAGAGGUUAUCACCUAAUCAAACUUCUGGUACCAUUAUAUUGACGGGAUGCCUGUUUUAAACCAUAUAUAUACUUCUUAAGUUUACAUCCAAUGUACUUUGAAUUUUGAGACUUAAAAAAUUUCUAGUUAUGCCAUGUAUAUUGUUUCGUCAAUGUUUCCAUUGAAAAAUGCAGUUUUUACAUUCAUUUGAUGCAACUCUAAGUCAUAAUGAUCUACAAGUGCCAUAAUGAUUCUAAAAGAGUCUUUCCAUGAAAUUGGCGAAAAAGACUCUUUAAAAUCUAUGCCUUCUUUUUGGGUGAAUCCCUUGGCAACUAGGCGUGCUUUAUAUCAUUCGAUAUUACCUUUUGAAUCACGUUUAAUUUUGAAAAUCCAUUUACACUUAAUCGAUUUCGAUCCUUGUGGUAACUCGAGAAGAUCUGAAACGUCAUUGUCUUUCAUAGAUUUCAUCUCAUCUUUCAUGGCUUUGUUAUCACUUGUUAGAAAACUUUUAUGUAAUGCACCCAAGAUCACAAAUAAAUCAUUAGACAGAUAUUUUAUUUUAUAAAGAAUAAAAAGGGAACUAACCUUGUUCCAAUGCAAUAACUUUGUUUGAAGAAUUUGAUCUGCUAAAUCUUGAAGAUAGUCCUUUAUAUGAUAUUCUUUAUCCUAGAUGAAGAGAAAAGUGUGAUUUAGGAACCAAAUCCUUUUAAGAAUGCUGAAGUGUCUUUCAGGAAAUGUACAUUUUCUUAUAAGUUUCCAUCAUAAUUAAAGAAUAGGCUCAUGAAUUUUUUAACUCAUCUAAAAUAAAUCCAUACUAAUAGAUAUUUAUAU